AUGGCUCGUCGUAUUCUACUAUUUUUGUUAAUACUUUGUAUAUGCUAUAAAGUAAUCAAUGGUAAAGGUCAAUGUUCAUGUUCAUGUUGCAGUGGUAAUCGAUGUAUAAAACGAUAUCAAGGUGCAAUUAGUAUGCCAACAUGUUCAUCUAAAAGUUGUAAACAAGCUUGUAAACUUCGUUAUCCUGGUCAAUGUGGUCGAUCACCUGGUUCAUUAUUGGCAUCAUGUGCAAAAACAAUAAAACCUCGUCGAUUAUCACUUUCAAAAAAGAUGAGAGUAAAACAUAGACCAUCAUCAAAAAAACAUCUAUUUCGUCGAACACAUAGACGACCAGUAACAAGAACAAAAAUUAUUCGUCGAAAAACAUAUAUACGUCGUCGACCUGUAACAAGACUUAGACCAUCAAAGAAACGUUUACUUCGUCCUUCAAGAAUUAGACCAUCAUCAAGAACACGUAUACAUCGUCGACCUUAUUAG